UAGGGGUCGAAUAGAUGGAGGCGGUGGUGAUGGUAGUGGUCGAAAUAUUACCGGUGGAGGAAAUGAUGGGAGUGGAGGAAAUGGUGGAGGCGGAGUUAAUGGUGGUGGUGGCGGAGGAGGAAGUGAUGGCUUUGGAGAAGGUGCAAAUGGUCGUUGGGGAGGAUUUGGUGGAAAAGGAGCAGGUGGUUGGGGAGGUGCAUGGAAUAAUGAUGAAAUGACUGACAGUGAUAGAAAAGGUAAUAAGGAUGAGACUGGUGGAAGUAUUAGUAUUCGUGACGUAGGUACCCGAAAUAACGGUGAUCCUAACGACAAAUUAACAUCCAAAGAAGAAGGUGUAUUUCGCCUAGAUGGCAUGACGUGGGAGAUGACGACAAGAGGCAGCGUUAAUAUUGGCCAACCAAGUGAUCUCAUCAUAAACCUCAUAGUUGACGUAGCAGACGACAGUGACUUCAUCACGGGUAGCAACCUAUGGCGCGUUGGUCUUUAUGGUAGCGAGUCCCCGGAUGGAAGUACGUCACUACGAUCCAACUAUGUGCGUCAGAUUUUGCCUGGCAGCCAGCGCGGCCAGCUGUUUGCUCAGGGCAUGGACACAGUCAUAAUGAUUCGAACCAUGUACGAUGUUAGCCACGUGGGAUGUGGAACAUUUAAAUAUAUGUGUUUAGAAUUCACAAAAAAUGACCUGGCUACGCCUGAUUUUGAAAUUGUAUCAGACAUGGGCGGCACGUUGCGUUCCUGUCAGGUAGCUCCUUGUGUUAGACCAAAUAGGCCUGAGACAGUACCUACAAGGGUCCCGAUAGCUUUAAGUGGCUUGAAGGCAUUUUACUUAUCUUCGAUGGACUGGCAGAUGAGGGCGCACAUAAGUAAGACGCACAUGAGCAACUUUCUCGUCGACAUAUUUAUCACAGCCGACGCAACCAGUAACGAUAUUUCUGGCACUGCCCUCUGGCGUGUCGGUAUGUUUGGUAGUCGUAAUUCAGAUGGAAGUGGACAACGACUACCUGUUGCAGAUCAGAUUUUGCCUUCGCGCUACCAAUCGAUACCAUACAAAAAUAAAGUUCCACUCCAGUUCACCAAUAUCAGAGGGACUCAGGACAUGAGGGGAAUGUAUUGUACGGAUUUUCGUUAUUUGUGUGUUGAGUUUGGAAAAAACCGUAAUCCGAUCCCGGACUUCAACUUUUAUGCUGGAGAUUCAGAAACGCUUACGUCAUGUCAGAGUAUUCCAUGUG